GGAGCUGAGUGGAACGGAAGAACAGAAUCUAGAGGAACUUUUGAGGGAAAGAGUUCAGCUUGGUGGAGGAGGGGGAGGAAUGGAAGAAAACUCGCAGCAGCAGCAGCAGUCGGCGGAAAAUCAAGCCGAAGAAACCGACGACAACGAGAUAGGAGUUCGUGGAGAGGGGAGACUGGAGAGAGAAGAAGAUGAGGAAGCGCUGUUUCCGGAGAAUCAGGUUGGUGCGCCGGAACAGAUCGUGAAUCAUAACGGGGAUAAUUUUAAUUAUUUAGAUUUAAUAAGGGAAAACGUGCGUGAGUUUAGAAAUUUCGGUGUAGUAGGGAGAGAGGCUGGUUUUCGCCUUCAAUCAUUACCAGAGAGGGAGGAGGUUUACGCGUGGUUAGAAAACGUGUUUCGCGAGCUUCACGCGUACGCGGUACUUUCCUGUGUUCCCGGUGAUUACAUCAGACUUAGUUUCGAUUCCCCGAAUCUUUCACACGGGCCCGCGGGUAUUUCGUUCCGACCAUCUCGUGAUUUGACUCACGAGAAUAUCUGGAACCUCGUGAGUUCGUUAGCUCAAAGCUCCGGGGGCUUGAACGUAGCGCAAGAAUUCGAUAUCCACGUUUACCGUGUCACUCCUCCUACGGGUCGUGCGGGUAAUGCGCUUGAUAUCGCUGGUAAACGCUUGAUUUUACCGAUAUCCAACUCGGAUAACUUAUGUUUUCCUCGCGCACUCGUAACGGCGCAAAUUUACAAUGAACGUGGUAAUUUACGUACGGGUAGUCUACAAGAAAGAUGGAACGCCGUGAGAUACAGCGAUAUCGAGCAACAAA